CACACACACACACAGACAGAUGAUCAUCCAUCGUGGAGUGUUUGACUUCUAUGCAGACGCUGUAGGUGUGAUCACACUGAAUAGGACAGUGUUGAUGACAGAGUAUGUCAGACGUAAGGUUGGACGGUCAUAUGCUAGUCCACUCCCACACAAUGUCUGGCGCAUUUUAACUUGCCGGUCACCAUGGCAACCAAAUUUAAGAGGAGGGAAUCGGACUGGCCGCUGGAGGGUUGGGACCCUAACGUCCGCCGUCUGAGUUACAAGUACAACGCCCUCAUCAAGGGCGACUACGUGUGGCUGGAUUUGAAGAGUGGUCGGGAGUUUGAGGUUCCGAUUGGUGCCGUGGUCAAACUCUGUGACUCGGGACAGAUCCAGGUGUUGGACGAUGAAGGAAAUGAGCACUGGAUCUCCCCCCAGAAUGCUACCAACAUCAAGCCCAUGCACCCCACCUCCAUCCAUGGCGUGGAGGACAUGAUUCGCCUGGGAGAUCUCAAUGAGGCUGGGAUCCUCCGCAACCUGCUCAUCAGAUACAGAGAAAAGCUCAUCUAUACAAACUGUGGUGGCAGGACGUACACAGGCUCCAUACUGGUGGCAAUCAACCCGUAUCAGCUGCUUCCUAUCUACACGGCAGACCAGAUCCGCCUCUACACCAACAAGAAGAUCGGUGAGAUGCCGCCUCACAUCUUCGCCAUUGCUGACAACUGUUACUUCAACAUGCAGAGGAACAACCGCGACCAGUGUUGCAUCAUCAGCGGGGAGUCCGGAGCCGGAAAGACGGAAAGCACCAAGCUUAUCCUGCAGUUCUUGGCAGCCAUCAGUGGUCAACACUCAUGGAUUGAGCAGCAAGUCCUGGAGGCCAACCCCAUUCUGGAGGCCUUUGGCAACGCAAAAACCAUCCGCAACGACAACUCCUCUCGCUUUGGGAAAUACAUUGACAUCCAUUUCAACAAGAGAGGAGCCAUCGAGGGAGCCAAGAUAGAACAAUACCUGCUGGAGAAGUCGAGAGUUUGUCGCCAGGCCCACGAUGAACGGAACUACCACAUCUUCUACUGCAUGCUGAAAGGCAUGACGGCUGAUGAGAAGAAGAAACUGGGCCUGACCAAAGCCACAGACUACACCUACCUGACCAUGGGGAAAUGCACAGUGUGUGACGGCCGUGACGACAUGAAGGAGUACUCCAACAUCCGAUCCGCCAUGAAGGUUCUAAUGUUUACUGACAAAGAGAAUUGGGAGAUCUCAAAACUGCUGGCAUCCAUUUUGCACAUGGGCAACCUGCGCUAUGAAGCCCGUACCUAUGACAACCUGGACGCCUGUGAGGUGGUCCGCAGCCCGCAUCUUACGACUGCAGCAACACUAUUAGAGGUGGAUGGCAAGGACUUGAUGAACUGUGUGACAAGUAGAACUUUGAUCACUAGAGGAGAAACAGUUUCCACCCCCCUCAGCAUGGAGCAAGCUUUGGAUGUGCGCGACGCCUUUGUGAAGGGUAUUUACGGCCGCUUGUUCGUGUGGAUCGUGGAAAAGAUCAACGCUGCCAUCUACAAGCAUCCAUCCUCACAGGCCAAAGCUAUCCGACGCUGCAUCGGACUGUUAGACAUCUUUGGCUUCGAAAACUUCACAGUCAACAGCUUCGAGCAACUUUGCAUCAACUUCGCCAACGAGAACCUGCAGCAGUUUUUUGUGCGUCACGUCUUCAAGCUGGAACAAGAAGAGUACAACCUGGAGAACAUCAACUGGCAGCACAUCGAGUUCACCGACAACCAGGACGCCCUGGACAUGAUCGCCAUCAAGCCCAUGAACAUCAUCUCACUCAUCGACGAGGAGAGCAGGUUCCCUAAGGGCACUGACAGCACAAUGCUGAACAAACUCAACUUUCAACACAAAGUCAACACCAACUACAUCCCACCAAAAAACAACUACGAAACACAAUUUGGCAUCCAACACUUUGCUGGAGUUGUUUACUACGAAACCAGAGGCUUCCUGGAGAAGAACAGGGACACUUUAUAUGGUGACAUCAUCCAACUGGUUCACUCUUCCAAGAACAAGUUCAUCAAGCAGAUCUUCCAAGCAGAUGUUGCCAUGUUUCUGUGUGGUUUUGCUCCUGCUUCUUGUCUUCCUUCCAGCACUCUCUCUAAGGGGGCGGAGACCAGGAAGCGAUCUCCCACUCUUAGCAGUCAGUUCAAAAGAUCUCUGGAGUUGUUGAUGAGAACUCUGAGUGUCUGUCAGCCGUUUUUUGUUCGCUGCAUCAAACCCAAUGAAUACAAGAAGCCCAUGCUGUUUGACCGGGACCUUUGUGUGCGCCAGCUGAGGUACUCGGGAAUGAUGGAGACUAUCCGCAUCCGCCGUGCAGGGUAUCCCAUUCGCUACACCUUUGUGGAAUUUGUGGACCGCUACCGUGUGCUUAUGCCAGGAGUCAAGCCAGCGUACAAACAGGAGGAUCUGAGAGGAACCUGUCAGAGGAUUGCUGAGGCUGUGCUUGGCCGAGAUGACGACUGGCAGAUGGGAAAGACCAAAAUCUUCCUCAAGGAUCAUCAUGACAUGUUGCUGGAGAUUGAGAGAGACAAGGCCAUCACUGAUAAGGUCAUCCUCAUCCAGAAGGUUGUUCGAGGUUUUAAGGACAGAUCCAACUUCCUGAGGAUGAGGAAGUCGACUGUGUUGAUCCAGAAAACUUGGCGAGGAUAUCUCUGCAGAAAGAAUUAUGGAGCUAUGCGGGCAGGUUUCUCUCGCCUCCAGGCUCUGGUCCGCUCCAGGAAGUUGUGUGCGUCGUAUCACGUGGCCCGACAGCGCAUAACAGGCUUUCAGGGUCAUUGCCGAGGCUUCUUAGUGCGCCGUGCUUUUAGACACCGUCUGUGGGCCGUCAUCACUAUCCAAGCUUACACCAGAGGAAUGAUUGCACGGAGGUUGUAUCGCAGACUGAGGGGCGAGUAUCGAAGGAGGCUGGAGGCUGAGAAGAUGCGCCUGGCUGAAGAGACCAAACUGAGGAACCAGAUGUCUGCAAAGAAAGCCAAGGCUGAAGCUGAACGCAAACACCAGGAGCGUCUGACCCAGUUGGCCAAAGAGGACGCAGAGCGGGAGAAGAAGGAUAAGGAGGAGGCGAGGAGAAAGAAAGAGCUGGUGGAACAGAUGGAACGUGCCCGUACGGAGCCUGUCAAUGACUCAGACAUGGUGGACAAAAUGUUCGGCUUCCUGGGGACUACGAGUUCUUUUCCUGGUCAGGAAGGACAAGCUCCUGCUGGCUUUGAGGACCUGGAGCGAACCCACCGGGAGCUGGAGGAGGAGGACUUGGACGAGGCUCUUCCUUUGCCAGAAGAUGACGAUGAAGAGGAUCUGUCUGAGUACAAGUUUGCCAAGUUUGCUGCCACCUACUUUCAGGGAACCACCACACACACAUACGUCCGGCGACCCCUGAAACAGCCACUGCUCUUUCAUGAUGAUGAAGGAGACCAACUGGCGGCUCUAGCCGUGUGGAUCACAGUCCUGAGGUUCAUGGGAGAUUUGCCAGAGCCAAAAUACCACACAGCCAUCAGUGACGGCAGCGAAAAGAUUCCUGUCAUGACCAAAAUCUAUGAGACCCUGGGAAAGAAGACGUACAAGAGAGAACUGCAGGCACUCCAGGGGGAAGGAGAGAUGCCUCAAUCAGACAGCCCUCGCAAGAAUAGUAUCCGACAUAAACUGGUCUCUCUUACACUAAAGAAAAAAUCUAAGAUCACUGAGGAGGUCACAAAGCGCCUCAACGAUGGCGAGUAUGGUGUCCAUGGUAACAGCAUGCUGGAGGACCGGCCAACAUCCAACCUGGAGAAACUCCACUUCAUCAUCGGUAAUGGCAUUCUGAGGCCAGCGCUGAGGGAUGAGAUCUAUUGUCAGAUCUGCAAACAGCUGAGUCAGAACCCAUCUAAAAGCUCUCAUGCUCGAGGUUGGAUCCUCAUCAGUUUGUGUGUCGGCUGCUUUUCCCCGUCAGACAAGUUCCUCAAGUACUUGAGGAACUUCAUCAGUAGCGGGCCACCGGGUUAUGCUCCAUAUUGUGAAGAAAGAUUGAGAAGAACAUUUGUGAACGGGACGAGAACACAACCUCCAUCCUGGCUGGAGCUGCAGGCAACCAAGUCUAAGAAACCCAUUAUGCUGCCGGUGACGUUCAUGGACGGAACCACUAAAACGUUGCUGACGGACUCAGCCACAACGGCCAAGGAGCUCUGCAACACUUUGGCUGACAAGAUCAGCCUGCAGGAUAGAUUCGGCUUCUCUCUCUACAUUGCUCUUUUUGACAAGGUCUCAUCUUUGGGCAGCGGGAACGAUCACGUCAUGGACGCUGUGUCUCAGUGUGAACAGUAUGCUAAGGAGCAGGGAGCCCAGGAAAGGAAUGCCCCAUGGAGGCUGUUCUUCAGAAAAGAGAUCUUCACACCGUGGCACUGUGCUGCUGACGAUACAGUCGCCACCAACCUCAUCUACCAGCAAACUGUUAGAGGCGUCAAGUUUGGAGAGUACCGUUGUGACAGGGAGGACCUGGCAGAACUGGCAUCUCAGCAGUACUAUGUUGACUACGGCUCAGAGGUCCUACUGGAGCGGCUUCUGAGCCUCAUCCCGUCCUACAUCCCGGAUAGAGAGAUUAGCAGUUCCAAGACAGUGGAGAAGUGGGCUCACUUCAUCAUGGCGGCCCACAAAAAGGGCAUUUACACACAGAAGAGGUUUGACCCCCAAAAAGUCAAAGAAGAAGUGGUGGAUUUUGCUCGCCACAAGUGGCCUCUGCUCUUCUCUCGUUUCUAUGAAGCCUUCAAAUUCUCCGGUCCAAGUCUGCCUAAAAACGACCUCAUUGUUGCCGUCAACUGGACUGGUGUUUAUUUUGUCGACGAGCAAGAACAGGUCCUUUUGGAACUUGCCUUCCCGGAGAUCACUGCGGUGUCCAGCAGCAAGGGAGGAAAGUUGCAGAGUCAGAGCUUCACGCUGGCGACCAUCAAAGGAGAAGAGUAUACCUUCACCUCCAACAACGCUGAGGACAUCCGUGACCUGGUGGUGACCUUCCUGGAAGGCCUGAGGAAUAGGUCAAAGUUUGUGGUAGCACUACAGGACAGUCCCAAUGAGAAUGGUGAGCCGUCUACGUUCCUGAGCUUCCAGAAGGGAGACCUAAUCCUGCUAGACCAGGACACCGGCGAGCAAGUUCUCAACUCAGGUUGGGCACACGGCGUAAACGAGAGAACCAAUCAGAGAGGAGACUUUCCAGCUGACUCUGUCUACGUACUGCCCACUAUGACACGACCUCAGCAGGAGAUUGUGGCUCUCGUAACCAUGACACCUGACCAGCGGCAGCACUCAGUGCGAGUGUCGCAGCUCAUGCUUCCUGAGGGUGAAGACUCAGUCAAACCAUACACACUGGAGGAGUUCUCCUAUGACCACUUCAGGCCUCCCCCCAAACACACACUAAGCAGAGUAAUGGUAACCAAGAAUCGGGGUAAGGACAAGUUGUGGAGUUGCACCCGAGAGCCUCUCAAACAACCACUACUGAAGAAGGUGGUCCAACACGAGGACCUCGCUCAAGAGGCCUGCAUGGCAUUCAUCGCUGUGAUGAAGUACAUGGGUGACUACCCUUCCAAACGCACUCGAUCGGUCAAUGAGUUGACCGACCAGAUCUUUGAGGGAUCGUUGAAGACAGAACUUCUGAAGGACGAGAUCUUCUGUCAGAUCAUCAAACAGCUCACCGACAGCCAUGUCAAGUACAGUGAGGAAAAGGGCUGGGAGCUGUUAUGGUUGUGUACUGGUCUCUUCCCACCCAGUAACGUGCUGCUUCCGCACAUACAGCGCUUCCUACAGUCUAAGAGACAACACCCGCUCUCUGCUGACUGCAUGCACAGGCUACACAAAGCUUUACGAAACGGUUCCAGGAAGUAUCCUCCACAUCUGGUGGAAGUGGAGGCCAUCCAGCAUAAGACCACGCAGAUCUUUCACAAAGUUUACUUCCCUGAUGACACAGAUGAGGCAUUUGAAGUGGAGUCCAGUACCAAAGCCAAGGAUUUCUGUCAGAACAUCUCCACCAGACUGCUGCUCAAAUCUCCUGAGGGAUUCAGCCUCUUUGUCAAGAUCUCUGAUAAGGUUAUCAGUGUUCCAGAAGGAGAUUUCUUCUUUGAUUUUGUGCGACAUUUGACUGACUGGAUCAAGAAAUCGCGUCCAGCAAAAGAUGGAAUGGUUCCCUCUCUGACCUACCAGGUGUUCUUCAUGAAGAAGUUGUGGACUAGCACAGUUCCAGGAAAGGACUCCUUCGCCGACUCGAUCUUCCACUACUACCAGGAGCUGCCCAAAUACCUGCGUGGCUACCACAAGUGUUCGCGAGACGAAGUUUUCCAACUAGCCGCUCUUAUCUACAGAGUCAAGUUCGAGGAUGACAAAUCCCACUUUCCAACCAUUCCCAAGAUGCUGCGAGAACUGGUCCCCCAGGAUCUCAUUCGUCAGAUGUCACCAGAUGACUGGAAAAGGUCUGUGGUGGCCUUCUUCAACAAGCAGGCUGGUAAAUCACAAGAAGAAGCCAAGCUGAUGUUUUUAAAGAUCAUCUACAAAUGGCCAACCUUUGGCUCUGCCUUCUUUGAAGUCAAGCAAACCACAGAACCCAACUAUCCAGAGAUCUUGCUGAUUGCCAUCAACAAACAUGGACUCAGUCUCAUUGACCCAAAAACCAAGGAUAUUCUGAUCACACAUCCCUUCACUAAAAUCUCUAACUGGAGCAGUGGGAACACCUACUUCCACAUCACCAUCGGCAACCUCGUCCGAGGAAGUAAACUCCUCUGUGAAACCUCGCUGGGUUACAAGAUGGACGACCUGUUGACCUCCUACAUCAGUCAGAUGCUCACCACCAUGAACAAGCAGCGAUCAGGGCGAGGUCUCAACAAGUGAACUUCUUACUGGCAGGAGGCCGCAGAACUCAUCCGCCUCUUACGCCCUAUUGGCCACUACUGCAGCUGGGGGAGGACCUUCAGCGACCAGUUGUGGUGGAUGAGUCGUGGCGCAUCUGCCAGUUCGGAAGUGUCCACUCUCCCCGGGGGGAAUUCGGUCAGAAGCAGUAGUUAUGACAGCGACGACCCCGGCGAAGGUCCCAGCAACUACUACAACCUUUACCAGGACGAGCUGUCUAGUGAGGAUGACUACCUCUAAAACUGAUGCAACAGGGUUCUCCUAAUGACCUUUUGACCCAACUUCUCAUAUUCAAUAAACAGCCAAAAGUGUUUUUCGGAAGUUAGACAAUUUUAGUUAAAAAAAACAAAAACACCUGAGCUAGUUCUGCUUCUUUUUAUAAGAAAAGUAUCACAACACUUCUGCUGUAGGUCACUACAAAAUGUGUUGUGCUGCUGCAAUUGCAACUUAAUUUCUUAGCAUCCUUUGUAAUUUUCGUAUGUGUAUGUAUAUUCCCUCUCGGUAAGUACAAAUGCAUAAGAUGCAGUUGAAAAUUAUGGUUUUGUUGAUUACUGUUGGUACAUUUUUUUUGUUUUAAAAUGCUGAAGUUGUAACUCAUGUUCAGAUGUGUUUUCUAGGAUGUUUGGACCCAGACAGAUAUUUGUUGCAUUUCAGUGUAGAUGUUAAGUUAACUGUAGGUAUCACGUUAUUGAGGAUGUCAAGUUGUUUAGUUUGCUUGGCUUUGUUUUGAUCCGAUUUAACAAGAGAGUAAGAGGUUGCAUAGUGCCAAACUUUCCAUGUGAGGCCUUUGUAUUGUCUUCUCCGUGUGCAUUGUUAGGUGCUUGUUCCUGCAUAACUAGUUGAAUUUACAUUAUUUGUACAAUAUUAAACUUAAUUUAACUGAUGAAUGAUUUAUUCGUGUAACGUAGUAAAUGAGACAUGUUGUCAUUUAAAUUCUAUGUUAGCUUAGUGUAUUUUAUAUUGUAUACAGUAAAGUAAAAUAUGUCCUAAAAUACAGUAUUUUCCUCAGAUUAAAGUUGUUCAGAAAUGCAGUGUGUUAUCUUUGAAUCAAUUAUAAAUUGUUUAACAAUUUUUGACUAUGAUACCUAGCCUUUGCUAACCGACACAUUAACUUGUUACUCAAAUUUAACUUUGCAGCAAGUUUGUAUGUGGGUCACUGACAUAUGACAUGCAUAUUUUUGUGUGUAACUGCAUUAUUUCAGUUAAAUAACACAAGCCAUGCCAUGGUUAACUUUACUCUUUAAAAUUGAUUUAGUUUGAAUAAGGUUUCACUACAUUCAAAUAUAUUGGUGUAUGUUUUGGCAGCUCAAAUCCUUAAAAUUAUUAUUACUGGUACUUAAAAAAGGACAGUAUUUUAAUCUAAUGAUAUACGUUCAUCCAUCCAUCCAUUUUCUACCUUUUGUCCCUCACAUUCUGAUCAAAAAUGAACAGCAAAAACUUUCUGAUCCUUUAAAUGGUCUCUUGUUCUUAAUUUACCUGCUGAAAUCAUUGAGCUUUAUGGCUGAGUUUGUAAAAGAGCUUUAUCAUUGUAUGAAUAAAGAGCCUCUAAAGUUUGUACACUUUCAUGUAGGAAUGCACAGUCAAUUUUUUGUCAAGACCAAUACCAUAUCUACCUUUUUUUAAAUGUACAUUUAACUCCAUGUAGUUUGUCUACACCUUUCUUUUGGGGCAACGUAUUUAACAGUGCAUGCGUCUUCAUAGGCUUUCAAAUCACCAUCAUAGCAUUUCAGGUGGCUGAUACAGUUUGAUGUGUUGAGGUCUGUUUUUUCCCCUCCACGCAGAAUGUUUGCGGACCAUUUGGUGCAAAUAGCAGGCAAAAUGUGUUUUUCUGAAACAGUGAAGUCGUCCACCACCAUAUUUUGCAGUGAGCUCAGGGGACGUUUACGACAGCCUGUUUACAACACAAGUAGGAAAAAAAAUAGCACUUAAUUUUCUCACCCUAGUCAGCCUAACCCACCUAGACCACAAUACCUGUACAUGUGAUCUCACCUCAUUGGACCAUUUUUAAUA